GCACCCGCCUCUCGUCGCGCUCGUCGUCGCAGUCGGCCUCGAGCUCUCCCGCGUGGCGACAACAUGGGCCAGCUCUCGCCCGCCGCGUACGACGCGCUCCUCCUCGAGAAGGUCAAGCUCCUCCUCCAGGCCGCCAUGCAGUCGCCCCGCCGCCGAGGACCCGCGUCGACCUACGAGCACUUCUGCGAGUCGCUCGACAUCCGCGACGAGGCGAGCCUGCGCGCGGUCGAGGUCCUCCUCUACGAGACGACGACCCGCCGCCCGCGCAAGGUCCGCCGCACCGACUCUGGCCCUGCCGCCUCAACCUCGGCCACGUGGGUGUCCGCCUUUGCCCAGCCGCGCCUGCGCCGGCUCCGACGAGUCGCAUCGUCCUCGAGCGAGGACCAGGACGACCCGGCGCCCGUCUCGCGCCUGUUCGCGAGCCAGAGCGAGACCGAAUCGGACGACGAGAUCGCGUUCGUGCGCAACCUCGAGCCCGUGGGCACCCCGGCACGCCUCAUGGCCGACGAGCGCGCGGUGGCGAGGGGCGUCGAGCAGGGCGCGACGACCGCGGGCGGCGGCGGCCUGAGCCCGCAGCGCGACGACGGCCGCCGGCUCGCCGGGCCCGACCGCACCGACGGCACCGAGUACACGCUCUACAACCAGUUGCACUCGAUCAGGGGCACGCCGAUGCGCGGCGUCGUCCCGUUCGAGCAGCUGUGGAACCUCCUCCUCACCCUGCCCUUCCCGUCGCACGUCGACAACCUCGAGGCGUUCGUCGCCGCGCUCAACGACUCGCCGUGGCACGACGCGCCCAUCGCCGCCGCCGACCUGUUCGACCUCCUGCGCGCCAUCAUCCGCUGCGACCCGGGCGUCCUGUCGCGCGCCGACGAGGCGUCUCGCGCCCGCACGCGCACCUCGAGGCCGCCGGCCGAGCAGCGCUCGUCGCGGCAGCAACACUCUAGCUGGCUCGUGCAGCCGGGCGCGCGCGGCUUCGCACCGCGCAGCAUCCGCCCCGCCUACUCGUUCGGCUCUGGCCCCGGCCGGCCGGCGCCGCAUGUCGAGAACCGGCGCGACGGCAUCUGGCGCACCACGUUCGUCGAGCACAUCGGCGACGGCCAGUCGCGCGACGUCGAGGUCGACAUGGACGCUGGCCAGGGCGCGAGCGAGGCGUUCGUCGACUUUGCGCAGCAUCGUCGGGCCGAGCGCCGCUCGGACGCAGUCGAGGCGGCGGACGCGCCGGCGCCGGGUCCGCAUGUCGCAGCUGUCCGCGAUGCGGCCGCCGAGCGUGCCCGCAGCAGGACGAGGGCAACCGCAGCCUUGCCCGAGCUCGCGGUGACGAGCGCGUCGACGUCCGAGACGAGCCGGGCGCACUCGCCGCCGGCCGUCGCGGCGGCGGGCGAGGCGUCGUGUCCGGCGCCUGCGACGGCUCGCCGCACGAGCGCGUCGAUCGCCGAGGCGCACGCUCGCUCGCAGCGCCGCGUCGUGCCCCUGCGCGGCGGCGCCUCGUCCGACGCCGACCUCGGCGUCGCUGCGCCCUCGGCCGCCGCCGAGCUCGAGCCGGCCGACGGCGCACUCGUCGAGCAGGUCGGCGAGCCGUCGGGCAACAUGCGCGCCGUCGUCGAGGCGCUGCACCGCGCGAGGAGCCGCAGGGUGAGGAGCACGGCACCUGAGGCGGCGCACGGCGAGGCGGCGGCGGCGGCGACGGCGACGGGAGGAGCGGGCGAGCCGGACGAUUCGCUCGUGCUUGUGCCGAUGGGCUGGGAGCCUUGAUCGUCGAGCGUGCGACGGCGCUCGACCUCGUCGUCGCGCCGAGGAGGUGGACGCGCUUUCGUUGCUCUCUCUCUCUUUCGCACCAUGUACUCGGCAGUGCCUUGCAGUACCAUCUCUAGUCCAUAGA